AUGAAUGACAAAGGCGAAGAUGGCAAUGAUGCGGUUGUUACCUUAAAUCCUUUGUUGGAAAAGGGAUGGGAUUUGGAUACGGCAAAAACACAUAUGCAAGAAUACUGCACUAUCCUCUCCAAUUGGAAACAAGAGAGAGUUAAAUUAAAUAGAUCAAGGAAAUCUGUCGUUAAUGACUUCAAAGAUUGCAUCUCUUUCGUAUACGGAUUUUCCAACGAAUUGGCAACGUACAUUUUGCAGUUAUUCUCACCAUCAGAUGCACUAGAAUUUUUCGAAUCCACUGCAAAAUCACGUCCAUUGACCAUUAGAACUAACACUCUAAAGACUAAGAGACGUGAUUUGGCACAAAUGCUCAUAUCAAGGGGAGCAAAUGUGGAUCCCAUAGGCGACUGGUCAAAGAUUGGGUUAGUUGUCAAUGAUCAUACUAUACCAAUUGGCGCAACGCCUGAAUAUCUAGCAGGGCAUUAUAUUCAACAAUCUGCUGCAUCAUUAAUUCCUGUUAUGGCCCUAGAUCCAAUGCCAGACGAAAAGAUUCUUGACAUGUCGGCGGCACCAGGUGGCAAAUGCACACAUAUUGGCCAACUAAUGAAUAAUACCGGCAUUUUGUAUGCCAAUGACGUUAACAAAGAUAGGUGCACAUCCCUUGUCGCCAAUAUACACAGGAUGGGAUUGACAAAUACUAUCGUUAUCAAUUACGACGGGAGGGAGUUAGUUAAAGUUUUACCCAAAAUGGAUCGAGUAUUACUUGACGCUCCUUGUUCAGGCCUUGGAGCUAAAAGGACAGUAAAAGAUAUUGUUCAGAUGUCACAUUUGCAAAAACAAUUACUUUGCACUGCAGUGGAUUUGUGCGACGCACAAUCCAAAAAUGGAGGGAUAAUUGUCUACUCCACAUGUAGUUUAUCGGCAGAAGAAAAUGAAAUGGUUAUCGAUUAUAUACUAAAAAAUAGAUCAGUCGAGUUAUGCCCAUUAUUAUCCCAUGAAAUUGGGGUACCUGGAUUCUCCGUCUUCAUGGACAAGAUAAUGCACACCAGCAUUGAGAAAUAUACUAGGAGGUUUUACCCACAUCUACACGAUUUGGACGGAUUUUUCGUUGCAAAACUCAAAAAAACAAGCAACGAAAUCCCACAUAGACCAAAAAGGGAUAGGCGCAAAGAUAUACCAAAAGUUGAAGUCACCAGUGACUCUAUCAUGGAUUUUGACAGCAACAAACGUAAACAAAAUAAACACUGUAUUGAGUAA